UUAGUUGCAAUCUAACUGCGCAGAGAAGUGUUGUUUCAGCUUUAACUAUUAAAAAUAACCGGUGAAAAUGUUAACCAAGCUCUUUUGUUUUCGGCUUAAUACCGCCGGUGUCAUUAUCGCCUGGAUAGGGAUAGUGGGCUCCCUAUUCACGACCAUCAUUCUUGGCAUUUGCCUGGGCAACAUUGAUGAGCUAGUAAAGGCAAUGGUAAAGAGUUGGAAUGACCCCGAUAUUACAGAGGCAGAAAUUCGUCCAUACGCUAUUAUUGUACUCAGCAUCUAUUUGGCUUUGACUGUGUUACAAAUGCUAGCUUCGGGUAUGCUGCUUAUCGGAACGAAUAAGGAACGUCAUUUGUGGCUCCUGCCCUGGCUGUUUAACAAUGCCAUUUCCCUAGCAGUGGGAUUCAUUUACAACCUAUCCUUGUGGAUAAUGUUUUUGUCGAAACACAUGUCCUUCCUUAGUGUUCUUCCCUCCAUUAUACUAUAUUUCCUGUCUACUGCUUUCAGUGUGUAUAUUUUCUACGGAAUAUACUCUCUCUACAAACAAAUUCAAGCCACACGGGAGGAACAGCGGCCCUUGAUUUCGAAUCAAGAUCAAGUUCAUCAUAUAAAUCCCAAUUACACUUCAACUUAAAAGAAAAAAAUAUUCGAAAUAAUCAUUUGGAUAUAUGUAUAUAUUUGUGGUUUUUCCGAUAUGUACCUACUGAACAAAUAUAUACUUAUAUAUUUUCCUUAUGUUGAUAUUUAGCGAUAAGCCAAUAUUUGUUUUUAUUAUACGCAUAUAUCUUAUGUACCAUAUUAUAUGUAUACCUAUUUUUCUUUUGUAUUAAAAGGUAACCAUUCUAUUCAUA